GUCAGAACAACGCCGACGACUCAAGAGAUUUGACCACAACACUCGAGCACUCCACCCAAGAUAUCAUCCCGGAAGGCUGACUCGAGCUCUUCUUCGAUUACAUUGCACCAACUAUUCAACUUCUGGGAAUGUCUACGGUGGAGGUUCUAGACGAGAAGGCGAACGGUGGUCCUUCGAUGGAGAUUGAAGAGGUCGUUUCUGUCCGAGAUCAUGAAGCGUUCGCGGCCAAGCACAUACCCGACCUAGGACUCGACGUCAAAGAUUUUCAGGUCUUCACGUGGAAUUUGAAGAAUUGGAAUAGGCUGGAAAAGAAACUGACGAGUCCUGAAUUCGAAUGCGGCGGUCACAAUUGGCGCAUAUUGUUGUUCCCCUUCGGUAACUCCAACGCUCCUCCAAACGAUACGGUCUCCGUGUAUCUUGACUACGCCGAGCCCAAGAGAUCACCCGAGGGAUGGCAUGCUUGUGCCCAGUUCGCUCUUGUGAUCUCCAACAUCCACGACCCCACUGUGUACACCGUUAGCCAUGCGCAGCAUCGGUUCAUCGCCGAAGAAUCAGAUUGGGGCUUCACUCGGUUCAGCGAACUGCGCAAACUUUUCAACAAGCAGGAGGGCCAUUCCCGAGCGACGAUCGAAGAUGACUCCGCGGACGUUACUGUUUAUGUUCGGGUUCUAGAAGAUCCUACAGGCGUGCUAUGGCACAACUUUGUGAAUUACGACUCGAAGAAAGAGACGGGGCAUGUUGGGCUGAAGAAUCAGGGAGCCACGUGCUAUAUGAAUUCUCUGUUGCAAUCUCUGUACUGCACGCGAUACUUCGAAGGGUAUGCUGUAUAUCAGAUACCCACCGAAGAUGAUUCACCCACCGAGAGUGUUGCACUGGCACUCCAACGAGUCUUCUAUCAUCUCCAGAACUCGGACCAGCCCGUGGGCACAACCGAGUUGACCAAAUCAUUUGGAUGGAAAUCUCUGGACUCUUUCCUUCAACAUGAUGUGCAAGAAUUCAACCGAGUUUUGCAAGACAAAUUGGAGUCGAAAAUGAAGGCGACUGAAGGCGCCAUCGCGAAGCUCUUCGUCGGAAAGAUGAAAAGUUAUAUCAAGUGCGUCAACGUGGACUAUGAGUCGUCGAGGAUUGAGGAAUUCAACGACAUUCAGCUCAACGUAAAGGGUAUGAAGAACCUCCACGAGUCGUUCAAGGACUACGUUGCUGUUGAAAUGCUGGACGGCGAGAACAAGUAUGCGGCGGAGGGUUUCGGCCUGCAGGAUGCGAAGAAAGGAAUCAUUUUCGAGUCAUUUCCACCUGUGUUGCAUCUGCAGCUCAAGCGCUUCGAGUACGACAUGCAACGAGACGCAAUGGUCAAAGUGAACGACCGCCACGAGUUCCCGUUCGAAAUCGACCUGGGAGAAUUCUUGGAUGCCAGUGCCGACCGAUCGCAGCCAUGGGUCUAUAAACUCCAUGGGGUUCUCGUUCACUCUGGGGACUUGCACGGCGGUCAUUACUUCGCGCUGAUCAAGCCUGAUCGUGAAACGCGCUGGCUCAAAUUCGACGACGACCGAGUGACGCCUGUGACUGAUAAAGAGGUGUUAGAAGAUAACUACGGCGGUGAAGCGCAGGGCUUGGCUGCCGUUCAGCGCAAUCAAGUUCGGGCCUUGAAGCGAUUCACGAAUGCCUACAUGCUGGUUUACAUUCGCGAGUCUGCCAUGGACGACAUUCUUGCGCCGUUCACUGAAGAGGACACGCCUGCUCAUCUCAAGCGAAGGUUGGAUGAAGAGAGGCUCCAGAUGGAGGCCAAGAAAAGGGAGCGAGAGGAGCAGCAUUUGUUCCUGACGGCCAAGGUCAUCACUGAUGACACAUUCUCUCGACACGAAGGCUUCGAUUUGGCCACGUUCGACGAGAAGAAUUGGCCUCCGUCAGAAUUGCCCAGUUUCCGUGUUCUCAAGCAGGAAACGUACAGCACAUUCAAAACCCGAGUCGCCCAACAUUUUGGCUACCCCGAAAACCAAGUCCGGUUGUGGGUUUUAGUUAACCGACAGAACAAAACUGUGCGGCCAGACACCCCCAUCCCUGAGAACGAGCCGACACUGACGGUCGAAGUGAUCCGAAACAACAUGGCGGCCCGGCAGAAUGAUCUAAGGCUAUAUCUGGACAUCAUCCCCGACCCUUCGAAGCCGGACCCACCUGCGCAAUCCAUCAUGGUGUUCUUGAAGCACUUUGAUACCUCGAAGCAGAGCUUGUUGGGCGCCGGCAAAGUUUACAUGCUCCGAUCAGCAAAGGUCUCCGAAGUGACACAUGUGAUCAACGAACGGAUGCGAUGGACUCCUGGGACGCCACUCAAGCUUUACGAGGAAAUCAAGCCGGGCAUGAUCGAGUUGAUGAAGCCCAAGUUGUCCUUUGCUCAGAGCGAGAUCCAGGACGGCGAUGUCAUCUGCUUCCAGGUCGACAUGUCCGAGAAAGAGGUCGAAAGCCAAGGCCUAUACUCGAAUCCGAUCCAAUUCUACGACUUUCUGCAGAACAGGGUCAUGGUCGUGUUCAGACCCAAGUUUGAGGAAGUGGAUCAUGACCAUCCAGAAUUCAGUCUGGUGCUCAGCAAGAAACAGAAUUAUGAGACGAUGUCGACCAAGACGGGCGAGUAUCUGCGCCAUGAUCCCAUCAAAUUGCGAUUCACAACAACCCAUGCAUCGAAUGGAGUACCCAAAUCCAUUUUGAAACGGUCGCUGAACCAGAGCAUCGCCGAGAUAAUGGCGCCAAACUACAUCAAUCCGACGACGACCGUUAUUCUGUACGAGAAAUUGGACGUCAGCAUCGUUGAGCUCGAAACCAAGAGGAGCCUCAAGGUCAUCUGGACUGGCAUUCACAACAAGGAGGAAGCUACACAUCCAUUCCUGUUACCAAAGACGAGCAUGGUCAACGAUCUCGCCGAAAACAUUGCCAAGCACGUCACGCUAACGGCGGGGGGCACUCAGAAGAUCCGAGUGUUUGAAAUAUCCAAGGAUGGCAAAACUCAGAAGGAGUUCACAGGGACAGAAAUGAUCGGAAACAUCCCCGAGCCUGUGGAGCUGUACGCCGAGGUAUGUGACAGUUGGUUCUCCAUUGGAUUGCUUUCAACUAACGCGACUCUUCUUUGCAGGAGGUACCCCGAGAAGAACUCGAAGCCGACGACUUGGACAAGGUCAUAGGCGUGUUCCAUUUCUCGAAAGAGUUGUCUCGAACACACGGUGUCCCGUUCAAGUUUGUGGUGAAACGAGUAAGUUUGCGAUAUCUUUGCCGAGCCCACCCCUCAUGAGAUGCUGAAGGGCGAGAAAUUCGUGGAUACCAAGAAGAGAUUACAAGCUCGACUGGGAGUUCCAGACAGGGAAUUUGCCAAGUAUCGCUUUGCUAUCAUCCAGGUCUCGACAUUCAAGCAACCGUCUUACAUUGAGGACGAGGACAUGAUUUAUGAUCACCAAUUUGCUCCUGAAGACGUUCUCGGCUUGGAUCAUGCUGACAAGUCUGGAAAAACUCGAAUUGGUGCUGGAGGGGCAGGAUUGACGAUUCGAUAGAUCCAGUGUCUGGAUCUGUCGUGCCCAGAGCUUGUGCUCAUCUCACUUUCAUUUCACUUGUUGUCAACAUUGUACUUUUCUCCCCCUUAUAGCCAAUUCCUCAUUGCGAUUAGAUGUAUCAUCAAAUAUUCUCGAGGAAAAUACAAACAUUCAAGCUGUACAACGAAGUGCAAAAUCACCGACGCUUCUUAUUUUUUUUCUGCUACAAGUCAGACAGGCACGGAUUUCAAGCAGCGAGGCGUACAGAAGGUGUCGAUGGUGAAGUUACACUUUCGGUGUCACUGGUGGCACCACUCGGGACAGGAAGCGACAAGGGAGUUGGCUGCGAGGUAUUCUUCAAUGCUAUCACCGAGUGAAUGACUGCUACGAUUAUCUAUCCCAUAUUAGGCGACAUACCGAGGGCCUGCCUCGCCUCCUCAGAAGUCUCAUAGAGUGCGCGCAUUUUCUCGUUCGCGAUCAUCUCGUUCGCUGUAGGGAAGAUGACCUGGCCCCAUCCCUGCGCAAACGUGUUCGCCUCCGCCACGACCUCCAUAAUCUCUGCCUCGAGUUCCUUCUCUGCAGCAAGGAGACUGUUCCAUAGAUCAUCUCCUAUUGAGCCCUUCUGCAGCAGAUUCUGCAGCGCAGGCUUGUCUUCACGAAGCCGGAGGACACGUUGCACAUCGGCCAUGGCGCGACGCAGGAGCGCGGAUUUGAGCAACGGGUCGGAGGCAGGUGGAUCUGUUUUCUGGAGUAGAGUGACAUAUGUGUUCCGUUCUGCGUGCGUAGGAAAGUAGGGUGGUAAGGCCUUGACUGCAGACGCGUCAAGAACAGAUGAUUGACUCCCAGUUCAGACUACGAACCGGUCGCGUUUCUCCGAUAUGCGAAGACGCCAAGGCUCCAAAGACUAUGAUCAUGUAAAGAACGGGGGCAAGAACGGAGGACGCCAUGGCCGAAGGUCGAGGUGAAAGGCUACACUGUAUUGAUUAUAUGAUGUGGCCAGCGCACUGACCGGAGGUGAAGGCGCUGAGCAACAGAGACAAACAUUCGGGCCGGGUCGGAUCGCUACGGCUGUCAUUCCCCACACUCUACUACCAUGAUCAUAAAUGAUUACAUGCCCCAUGACAUUUUCGGUCUACUUCCUCGGAGGUCGGCUUCUUGUUGGACAGUAGGCUCGUGAUUAUCAUCGAACAGACACGCCCGUCUGUGUUUCUUGCCUUCCACCCUGCUUCUUCCCAGCCGCCAUGCUCCGAGCCCGCAUUUCGUCUCGCCAGUGGACCUUGAAUGGAUCCAAAAGAUUCGCGUCUACCAAGUCCCUCAAGGACACGUUGCGGGAGGUGAUACCCAAGAAGCAAGAACAGCUCAAGAAACUGAAAAUGCAACAUUCGCAAACUGUGGUUGGCGAAGUCAAGGUUGAAAAUAUCAUUGGGGGUAUGCGCGGGCUCAAGGCCAUGCUGUGGGACGCGUCGGUCCUCGAUCCCAACGAGGGAAUCCGCUUCCACGGACUCAGCAUCCCUGAUUGCCAGAAGGUUCUGCCGGCAGCUCCCGGUGGCAAGGAAAUCAUUGCAGAGAGUAUGCUCUGGCUCCUGCUCACCGGCGAGGUUCCGACUGAAGAGCAAACACGGGCCUUGUCUGCUGAAUUGGCGUCAAAGGGAGACUUGCCAGAGUUUGUGGAGAAGCUAGUGGACUCAUUCCCAGCGACUCUGCACCCCAUGACCCAACUCGGGAUGGGCGUGGCGGCUCUGAACCACGACAGCGUCUUCCAGAGUGCGUACGAAAAGGGGAUGAAGAAGUCCGAGUACUGGGAGCCCACUCUCGAAGAUUCGAUCAACCUCAUUGCUCGUCUUCCCGCCCUUGCUGCCCGGAUUUAUCGCAACGUAUACAAGCCUGGAACGCCGUUGCCCGCACUAAACCGAGAUUUGGAUUUGAUCGGCAACUACACCGCGCUCCUGGGCUAUGGCGACAACCAUGAUUUGACUGAGUACCUGCGACUGUACAUUGCGCUGCACGGCGAUCACGAAGGAGGAAAUGCUUCCGCUCACACCGCCCAUCUGGUCGGAUCGACGUUAUCCGACCCCUAUCUGUCGUAUUCGGCCGCUCUCUUUGCUCUGGCCGGACCGCUCCACGGUUUGGCUAACCAAGAGGUUCUGCGCUGGCAGCUCCUGAUGCAGGCCGAGAUCGGCAACGAUGUGUCCCACGAGCAAAUAAAGGAGUACCUCUGGAAGACGCUCAACAGCGGACAGGUCGUCCCCGGCUAUGGCCACGGCGUUUUGCGGAACCCCGACCCACGCUUCAUCGCGCUGCAAGAAUUCUGUGAAUCGCGUUCUGAUCUGCAGGACAGCCCGAUCAUCCAGCUCGUGAAGAAGACUUAUGAAGUGGCGCCGAAUGUGUUGAAGGAGCACGGCAAGACCAAGAAUCCGUACCCUAACGUAGACGCAACUUCGGGAUGUGUGCUCCACCAUUACGGUUUGACCGAAUUCAAGUACUACACCGUCAUCUUCGGAGUGUCGCGUGCGUUGGGAGCGUUGACUCAACUCGUUUGGGCACGGGCUUUGGGGCUUCCCCUUGAGCGGCCGAAAUCUCUGUCCCUGGAUGCAUUGGAAAAAUUGGUGUAGCAAAACCGCUGGGUAUAGCGUUAAAUAAUAAACAUGCGAAUCAGAAUCGUCCCCAGUUACGUGAAAGAAACGAGAAAUGUCAAUGGAAAGGGUGCUGCUAUUAUCUUUAAAAUCUUCUGCCUUGUUGCAUCUGCCCGGGCGGUGGACCCACCAUCCCAGGAGGCGGUCCUCGAUAUCCGUUGGGAGGCGGUGGUCCUCCUUGCGGUGGCGGCCUCAUCAUCGGCCCACCUUGAGGCGUCCCCUGGCGCGGCGGCCCUCCAGGUCCCGGCCCAUAUCCUUGCUGCGGCGGUCCAUAAGGCCCUUGUCCUGGUCCCGGCCCCGGCCCCGGCCCCGGCCGACCUUGCGAGGGAGGCGGUCCACGUGGUCCUGGGCCGGGCAUGGCCAUUCCCUGGGGAGGCAUACCCUGCGGCGGCAUUCCUUGCUGCGGCAUUCCUUGAGGCGGCAUUCCUUGAGGCAUUCCCUGAGGCCGUUGCAUUGGCAUUGGCAUAGGUGGUCCACCGGGUCCAGGGGGGCCUCGUUGCUGCUGAGGAGGGAAUCCACCAGGCGGUCCCCCAGGUCCAGGUCCAGGGCGCUGUCCUGGCGGCGGGAAUUGCCCGGGAGGAGGGCGGGGCCCACCUUGGAGCAUAGGACCUUGAGGGGGUGGGCCACCACCCAUCAUCGGUGGACCCGGCAUCGGUGGACCUUGCAUGGAUCCAGGUGGAGGAGGGCCUCCUGGACCAGGUGGAGGUCGCUGCUGUCCUUGAUUGGGCGGUCCACCCUGUCGCAAAGAGUUAUUCGAACGCGGAAGUGCAGCUCCAGGGCCAGGUGCAGAGGAUGGGCCAGGGUCUCGGAGGGAAACUGGAACUGGCGCGCUGGGAGGCGGUCCACCGGGGUUCUUGUCAGCAGCUUUCAUGAUUUCGUCACUGAUUCGGGAAUGACUGAGUCUGGCGUGGUUCAACGGGAAGUGUUACAAACGCACUCGAGGAGGUUCAAAGCGGCACAGAGCACUACCCAUUCCACGCAAUCCUCGUUACCUUCUCCGAGAGUCUGCCAUACGGCCUUUUCCUCCGGUGAUUUCCCUGUGAUGCUGAUGCGUGUGCCACCUCCGUUCGGGCCGGGAGGGUUCUUCUGGAUCUUGCCAAAUUCGAUCCGCUUGGGUGGGAUGUUGUGACCGGCGUAAGCGAAAUAGAACAUGCUCCAAAAUGCUGCAUUGGGAUUCGGUUUUGAGACCUGGAACAAGGGAAGAUCCGGCGAGUCUGGCGAAGGCAGAGAGAGCUUGUAAAUGGGAGAUAUAACACCUGUGUUGGCGAUGGACCAUUUCAGGUUCCGGGAAGCUUCGCAGCGCACGACACGAGAGGAAGUCCCUGAAUGACCAGGAUCGGACGCAGAGCCUUUGACUGGAUCCUUGGGACGAGGAGGGAAUAGUUUGGCGACGCAUAGAUCGCCUUGAGGGGAGGGGGUCAAGAGAUA